UUUGCCGAAAAUCAAUCCUAAAGAUUGUACCAGGAUUUUUGUAUUACGAUUAAUGAAUAAAAACUUUGAGGAUAUUAAUGUGGUAGAGGUCGCCAGGUUUUGUUGUUUUUUAAUUCAAAUGAGGAUGCUUUACGAAUACACGUUUGCUCAUCAUCUCGUAUGGGAUAUGAAACACCUAAAAGCGAGUGCAGUAACAAAACUCAACCCUAUAGUUUUAAGGAAAAUUGAAGUUGUAUUCACGGACUCUUACAAAGCAAGAGUAAAAGGAUUACAUUUUAUAAAUGCUCCACCAUUCAUUAAUAAGAUUAUUGCCAUAUUUAACUUAGUUUUGAAAGAAAAAAUUGCAAAAAGGAUUCACGUCCAUAGUACCUACGAAGAUCUCUAUAAACAUAUUUCUAAAGAAGUCCUCCCUGAAGAUUAUGGUGGUGAGGAAAUGAGUUGUCAAGACAUUUCAAAACAUUUGAAAGAGUUCAUUAAAAGUGAGACAGGAAGACGCGUAAUAGAACAGUCAAGUAAGAUGGUGGCUAACGAAACUAAACGAAGUAGCCUUAAGUUUAAUGAAGAGUAUAUGGGUAUGCCCGGUUCUUUUAAACAAUUAAAUUUCGACUAAUGAAAAAUGGAACGGUGGAAUGAUGAACCCUCUUAAGAUCGAUUGCCAUGGUAUUGAAAAGUAAAGUUUUCAAUUAAAUAAACCGAAUUAUGAUGAAUUAAGUAAUAAAUCUGUAAAAUCAAAACACAAA